CACUUUCUUCACAUCAACCCACAAAAAACCUCUCUUUCUCUCUCUUUCAAAAUCCAGAAAAAACAAAAAUGGAGGUUUCAUCAACGAGAAAGCCUUAUUUCAUCGAAGAGGAGGAAGAUGAUGAGACUUUGGCUUCUUCUUUGUCAGAGAUGGAAGCUGGGUUCUCUGGUAACCAUCAUGGGAGUAACCAGAACGGCGUCGUUUCAAGCCGUUUCUCUUCUUACGCUAGAUUGAGCAGUCUCAGGAAUCAGAGUUAUUACUACAACCAGUACUCUGUUUCGUCUCCGAGAUCUGUUGUUUCUGGAAGGUUUCAUGACUUCAGAUUCGACAACCAACAGCCUCAUUUCUUGGAUUCUUGUUUCCUCUGUAAGAAACCACUUGGUGAUAACAGAGACAUCUUCAUGUACAGAGGAGACACACCGUUUUGUAGUGAAGAGUGUAGACAAGAGCAGAUAGAGAGAGAUGAAGCAAAAGAGAAGAAACAGAAUCUGUCUUAUUCAGUGAAAUCAGCAAUGAGGAGGAAAGAACAGAGAAGCUCUUCUUCUUCACCAACUAGAUCUCGUGAUUAUGCUUUUCACAAUGGAACUGUUGCUGCUGCUUAAUUAUUAUUAAAAAGAAAAAUCCAGACUUUGGGGGAAAUUAUAAAGUAUUAUAUUAGGUUUAAGAAAGAAAAUAACGUUAAGAAGCUGGUUUUGGAUUCUCUCUUUCGAUCUUGAGAUCUUUUUAAAAAACUUUAGCUUCAAGUCUUGGGAAAAAAAAACAGAGGAAGCUAAAGAUCCUUUCAAUUUCUUUUCUUUUUUAUGUAAGAAAAAAAAAAGAGUUAGACUUGAAAUUUUGGGAAGUAUGAGGAAGAAGAGAAAUUGUAAAUGCCUAUGUGAAUUUAUAAUAGUCCAUGGCAUGUUUUGAGUUAAAUUUUCUUUGUGUUUUUUCAGAUCUUGCUACUAAUUACAUCGCUAGAAGGAAUAUACUGAUGUAAAAUCGAACUAUAUGUUGGAACUAUGAGAAAUAUAUAAAUACGAAAGAAACUAUGAGAAUAAA